UAUUUAUCGGGAGGGUUGGACAUUUUUGCGGCGAAGUUAGAACAACGGAGCGGUCAUUAAGAACGUUUGUAAGAUUUACUGAAAUAGCAGUGCAUUUGGCAGAGCGUUUGCGAUGUUGCGUUUGCUAAGAUCAUCCGUAGUUUUCCGUGCCGCUACCGGGUGCCGGCAGUACUCGAUUCCGGCCCCAAAACUAUCGCCAGAAAUUUUGUACACCGGAAUCUUCAUCAACAAUGAGUGGCACAAGAGCUCCGGCGGCAAAACGUUUCCCUCAAUCAACCCGACCAACGAGAAAGUGAUCGCUGAAAUCCAGCAAGGUUCGAAGGAUGAUAUCGAUAAGGCUGUCGCUGCUGCACGCGAAGCAUUUCGUCUCGGUUCUCCGUGGCGUCGAAUGGAUGCCUCCAAGCGAGGGCAACUGCUGUACCGCUUGGCCGAUCUGAUGGAGCGCGAUCGAGUUUAUUUGGCGAGCCUGGAAACGUUGGAUAAUGGCAAACCGUACUUUAUGUCGUACAACGCGGACGUACCGAUGGCCAUCAGCAAUCUGCGCUACUACGCGGGCUGGGCGGAUAAGAAUCACGGCAAGGUCAUACCGAUGGACGGUGAAUUUUUCGUCUACACACGCCACGAGCCGGUUGGUGUGUGCGGGCAAAUCAUCCCCUGGAACUUUCCCAUCUUGAUGGCGGCUUGGAAGUUUGGGCCAGCCCUGGCCACCGGAAACACGAUCGUGCUGAAGCCGGCCGAACAAACGAGCCUUACGGCACUGUACAUGGCGCAGCUAACGAAGGAAGCGGGCUUUCCGCCGGGUGUGAUCAAUGUGGUUCCCGGCUACGGUGAUGCUGGCGCCGCGCUCGUUGACCACCCGGACGUGGAUAAGGUGGCGUUCACCGGGUCGACCGAGGUGGGUAAAAAGAUCCAGCAGGGUUCGGGGCUGAGCAAUCUGAAGCGGACGACCCUUGAGCUGGGAGGCAAAAGCCCGAACAUUAUCUUGUCCGAUGUGGACAUGAAGCAUGCUGUGGAGACCGCGCACUUUGGGCUAUUCUUCAACAUGGGCCAAUGCUGUUGUGCCGGUUCGCGCACAUUUGUCGAGGACAAAAUCUACGACGAGUUCGUGGAACGUAGUGCCGAGCGGGCGGCCAAGCGCACGGUCGGUAAUCCGUUCGAUCUUACCACCGAGCACGGUCCGCAGGUGGAUAAGGAGCAGUACGAUAAAAUUCUUGGCCUCAUCGACACCGGCAAGCAGCAGGGUGCUCGGCUGGUGGCGGGUGGCGGCAAGUGUGCCGAUCUGCCCGGAUACUUCAUCCAGCCGACGGUGUUUGCGGAUGUGCAGGACGACAUGACGAUUGCGAAGGAGGAGAUUUUUGGCCCCGUCCAGCAGCUGAUCCGAUUCAAGUCGCUCGACGAAGUGAUCGAAAGGGCGAACAACACCGACUACGGGCUGGCUGCGGCCGUCUUUUCCAAGGACAUCGACAAAGUGAAUUAUCUGGUGCAGGGCCUGCGCGCCGGAACCGUUUGGGUAAAUACCUACAAUGUGCUGUCAGCCCAGGCUCCGUUCGGUGGCUACAAGAUGUCGGGCCAUGGGCGCGAAAACGGUGAGUACGGGCUUCAGGCGUACACUGAGGUGAAAAGCGUGAUCACCCGAAUUCCGGUGAAGAACUCGUAAGCUUAACGGUGAAACCGAUACGAGCACAGCCAUAAUUCAGGGACUACUCUCCAAGAGUCGUUACGCACAUCACUCUAUCGCAGUGUAAAGUUUUUAAUCCCGUGUAAAUUACAAUAAAAGCCAUUCUU